CUUAUGCGUGCAUGUGCGCUUGGUGCAGGUCCGACAGCAACGACUUCGUCGAGCUGCUAUGGGAGAACGGCCAGGCGGUGGUGCACGGGAGGAGGAAGCAGCAUCCCCAGGCCGCCUUCCCGCCCUUCACCUGCGGCGCGGCCAGCAGCAGUAGAGCUCAAGAAAACCAGCCGGGUACUACCGACCCGGUCUCGCUGUUCAAGACGGGAGGCCUCUUCGCCGACUUCUCGUCCGGCCUAGACGCCGCCCGUGGCAACGGUGACCUUGACGACACCGUGCCCUGGAUCCACUGCCCCAUCGUCGAGGAAGACAGCGCCGCACCCGCACCUGCCCUCGCGGAGGGCUACAGCCCAGAUUUCUUCUCGGAGCUCCAUGCAGCGGCGUUAGCAGCGGCGGCGGCAGAGACGAACCUCAGCCCUCUGCCACCACCGGUCCAGCACAACAGAAGCACCCCGGUUGCCACCACCAGCAGAGGACCAGAACCCUCGAAGGAAGCCCCGCGCAUACCAGUACCAGGUCCAGGCAGCAGGCCCGAGCCACAAUCUGAGUUCGCGGCCACCAGGAAACCUCGGCCGGAGAGCGGUGGAGAGGGAUUGAUGAACUUCUCCCUCUUCUCUAGGCCUGCAGCCUUGGUCCGGGCAAGCCUACAGAGGCCACCGCCACCGCAGACAGGCACUGACAAGGUGUCCAAUGUCACCACGAGCACCCGCGUGGAGUCGACGGUUCUACAGUCGGCUAGUGGGCCAAGAAUCGCCCCUGUGUUCACGGACCAGAGGACGGCGUGGUCACAAUCCAAGGAGGUGCGGUUUUCAUGCGCACCAGCGCUGGCGGCUGGUAACCUGCACCAGGAUAUGCCUCUGGGAAGACCUGGCAACAACAUGACUCCCCAGGGGAAAAUGGAGACCAAAAAGGCUUGUGAGGUUGCAGUCGCUACUCCAUCGCUCUGCUCCGGCAAUGGCGAGUCCUGGCGCGAACAAAAGAGGAAGAGUCAGGCCGAAUGUUCUGCAAGUCAAGACGAUGAUCUUGAUGAUGAGUCCGGUGGGAUGCGAGGAUCAGGCGGCAGAGGUACGAAGCGCAGCCGCACCGCGGAGGUGCACAAUUUGUCCGAAAGGAGGAGAAGGGACAGGAUCAAUGAGAAAAUGCGCGCCCUGCAAGAGCUCAUCCCCAACUGCAACAAGGUACGACGAUCCAUUUCUACCAUCUUUUAAUUAGGCCCCGUUUGAUCUGAUUAGUCCCUCUAUUUUAGUCACAUUUAGUCCAUAAAUUACCAAAUGGUAGGACUUAAACAGAGACUAAAUUGUUCUAGUCUCUUAAGAGGUGACUAAAAAAACUAAACCAUAUAAAUUCUACCUUUUGCCCUUCCUUUAUUUCAGUUGCACUAACGACGGGCGAAUGCUACGAGGUAUUUUGGUUCUCUUAUGAUUCAUUUAAUCUGUUUUAAAUACUUUUAGUUACUAAAACUAAACAGUGUUGUUUUAAAUACUUUUAGUUACUAAAACUAAACAGUGUAGAGACUAAAAAUUUAGUCUCCUAACUAAACUUUAGUCCCUGUACUAAAGUAACCAAACAACCCCUUACUUAUCCGACACUUUUGAAUCCCUAGGCAUUUGGUAAAUCGGUAGCAACAGAUGCAUCACCUUUCUUGCAGAUUGACAAAGCCUCCAUGCUGGAUGAAGCGAUCGAGUACCUCAAAACCCUCCAGCUUCAAGUUCAGGUGACACUAAAACCACCUAAUUGGAAAUGUAGCACGGUUCUUUCAGAUAGAUGCAAACAUAAAUGCACUGACAAGAUGGUGGCUAUCUGACACGCAGAUGAUGGCCAUGGGAAGUGGACUGUGCAUUCCUCCCAUGCUGCUGCCGCGAGCCAUGCAGCUGCAAAUUCCUUCAAUUGCUCAUUUCCAUCAUCUCGGCAUGGGAUUGGGUUAUGGGAUGGGUGUCCUCGAUAUGAACAGCACAGCGGCAGUUCCAUUUCAGCCCAUCCCUGGUGCUCACUAUACUUGUCCGAUGAUCCCAGGCACGCCACCACAAGGUCUUGGAAUUGGAAUGCCUGGCACAAACACGAUGCCAGUGUUUGGACUCCCUGGGCAAGCAAUCCAUCCCUCAGCGUCUAGCGUACAGCCAUUCCCAUCGUUGGCGGGUCUUCCUGUUAGGCCAAACCUGGCACCUCAAGUCCCAGCCGUCAUGGCUAACAUGGUGCAGGAGCAACAGCAAGGCGUAGCGACUCAGCAGCAGCAGAGUCUGAAUAAUGAAGCUCAACAGAAAGCAAAUACCGGAGAUCCACAAAUACUACAAAAAUAGAUGAAGAGAUCUUCGCCAGUAAUCAGUUUCUGGAUGGUGGUGGCAACAGGACUAAUACUAUAGGGAGAAAUGAGGCUGAAACAUAAAAACGGUCAGCAAGUGCCAGUGUGUAACCUGACUCGAGCUAAACUUGACACAAAUCAUGGAACUUGGCAGAGCGUUAUUAUCCUAAUAGAUAACAUGGCUGAUGAUUUUCAGGUCUCGACUAACAAGCUGCAGGUGUGAAUAUCAGCACCAACUCAUCAUGGAAGAGCUUAACGAGUUUCAUGAUUCACGAAGCAGAUCUAUCACUUGAAAAAGGUCCAAUCAAUCAAGAUGGAUUUGGUGGCGGGAUGUCUAGCUUAGCGAGCUAAGAUGCUCCAAAGUUUUGUGUAAAAUGUAGAUGGAACCUUGUUACAAGUAACAUUUCUUGGCAGCGAUGCCGUUUUCAGGUGUUUUUUUUUUUUGUUGCUUCACUGAAGUUUUCUUGAGUCAAUAUAUCUUAUUUUCCCAGACCUU